UUGGAUUUACGAAGCUAAAAAGUUGUUUCGAGAAGACUAUAUGGCUGAAGGCGGGCAGCAAAACCAACAGCAUCAACAAAAUGUAUAUCACAUUAAUAUUUCCUUGAGCAAUCCACAGAAUCAGAGCGAAAUUGUACAAACAAGGACAACUGAGAUUGCUGCGGGGGAGAUUGGACAGAUAAAUAUUCCACAGGCAGCUGAACAACAAGGUUCUCAGAAUGUCCAACAACAACAGGCAACUGACAACGUUCAACCAGAUAAUAUCGCUGAAGGUGUUGAGACCUUGAAUUUGUCAUCAAUAAAUCCCGAGGCUUCUCAGAGUGGAGCAAUAAAGAAGAAAGGUCGAACCGGCUUCAUGAGCUUCUUUACCAAAGAAAAGCAAAACAAAGAAAGUGGAAAUAAGAUCAGAUCGAUUCGACAAGGCGAUCUCAGAGUGCAGGAUCUUCGAACGAAGACAGAUAGAGAACAAACUCAAUCUAACCAUCCGCCACCUCGUACUCAAAAUCUGAACCCUCAACCAAAACAAACUGCAGCCGUUCCACGUUAUACGACCGCACCGAGUGUAAUUAAUGCUCCGAAGAUUUCAAUGCUUCGAAAAAAAUCUUUCAAGUUAUUCGACGAGUCUAAAUAUGAAGAAGCAGUCCCCAUCUUAGAAGAACUGGCAACCCUACAAAACCAUCAGGAUUUCGAUACAAUACUUAUAAUGGCCGAGUGUUUUAUACAACUUGGCAGAGGAAACAAAGCGGAAAAAUGUAUUGGCAAUCUGCGAAAUAUAUUGAUGACGUCAUCAGUGACCAGUGCUGAUGACGUCAGGACUCUCGCGAUCGAUUUGAUUUCAAAUUCAGCUUACAUUCGCGCUAUAAUAUUGCUUCGAAUAGCAAGUGAUAUCUACAAGGCUCGCACAAGAUCACCUGAUGAUGUAAUAAAUGGUAUUGAAUUUUGUGCCCGUAAGACAUGUGUUGCCACUAAGCAAUUGAUAGAAGCCGGUGGUCGAACUAAAAUUAUAGGAGUGGAUUACGGCAUAGAAUACAUGACAGAAAUGCUGGAUGAUAUUCACGCAAUAGAAAACGCUGAUCCAGUGAAUAAAGCAACACAAGAGGCUCGAAUUACAUUGGAUUUAACUAUCACCUGGCGGGUGAAAAGGAGAAAAGUAUAA